AAGAGUUCGGACGAAAGAACGCCUUUUCUCUUGUUUCCUUCAGAAAAAAAGCUCAUUUUGCUAAAACCCUCUCUUCCACCUCCGAACGUAUAUCCUUUCUCUGCUAGCUGUGAGUCUGUGACUGAACCCUAGUCGUUCGAGUCGAGUCGUGAGGAUGUCUUCGACUCUGUUAGAAGUGACGAGGGCGGCUCACGAGGAAGUGGAGCGUUUCGAACGUCUCAUAGUGAAGGAUCUUCAGCGCGAGCCGGCCUCGAACAAGGAACGCUUGUUCCAGAACCACCGAGUCCGAAACAUGAUCGAUACGAUCACCUCCACAACUGAAAAGCUCAUUGAAAUCUACGAAGAUAAAGAUAACGCGAGGAAGGAUGAAAUUGCCGCUCUCGGGGGUCAAACAGCUACUGGAACCAAUGUGUUUAGCGCGUUUUAUGACAGACUCAAAGAGAUUCGUGAGUAUCAUAGACGCCAUCCAGUUGCGCAUGUUGUUGACGCAGCUGAGCAAUAUGAGGAAUUGCUCAAAGAAGAACCGUACAUUGAGUUCAGUGGGGAGGAGGCUUUUGGGCGGUACUUGGACAUGCAUGAAUUAUACAAUGAGUAUGUAAAUUCUAAGUUUGGAGAGGCAAUUGAGUACUCUGCUUAUCUGGAUGUGUUUUCACAGCCUGAUAAAAUCCCUUGCAACCUGAAACUGACAAGGCAGUACAAGGAGUAUUUAGAGCAUCUUUUGGAGUAUUUAAUAUAUUUUUUUCAGCGGAGGGAGCCUUUGCAGGAUCUUGAUAAAAUGUUUUCAAAGGUUGAAACUGAAUUUGAAGAGCUCUGGGCAAAUGGUAAGGUAGAAGGAUGGGAAAGUAAGGGCCAAGAGAAUGGAGACGUUUCAGCUCCGGAUACUGUAAUAGAUCUUGAUUACUACAGCACAGUGGAGGAACUAAUUGAAGUAGGGCCUGAAAAAUUGAAGGAGGCACUGGCUGCUUUAGGACUGAAAACAGGUGGUACUGUUCAGCAGCGUGCAGAAAGGCUUUUUCUUACAAAGCACACCCCUCUAGAGAAACUUGAUAAAAAGCAUUUUGCUAAAGGCUCACAUUUACUCGAAAAAAAUGGUGCAAAACAAGCUUCCCAACAGAAGGACAAUUUCAAAGAAAUUGCCCUCAUGGAGGCAAAGAUGAAGCGGCUAUGCGAAUUGCUAAAUGAGACAAUCAUGCAAACCAAAGAAAAUGUUGAGAAGAAGCAAGCUUUGACAUAUGAGGAAAUGGAGGCUGAACGCGAAGAGGAAGAGGUACAAGCUGACACUGAAAGUGAUGAAGAGGAGCAGCAAAUUUAUAAUCCUCUCAAGUUGCCAAUGGGUUGGGAUGGCAAGCCUAUCCCGUACUGGUUGUAUAAGCUUCAUGGUCUUGGCCAGGAAUUCAAGUGCGAGAUAUGUGGGAAUCAUAGUUAUUGGGGACGUAGGGCCUUUGAGCGACACUUCAAGGAAUGGCGCCAUCAACAUGGGAUGCGUUGCCUUGGUAUUCCAAACACCAAGAACUUCAAUGAAAUUACAUCUAUAAAUGAAGCGAGAGUGCUGUGGGAGAAGAUACAAGAAAGGCAAGGAUUGAAUAAGUGGCGACCAGACCUGGAAGAGGAAUACGAAGACAAGGAGGGCAACAUCUACAACAAGAAGACAUAUACUGACCUGCAACGCCAGGGACUGAUCUAAAAAGGGUAGUCUCUCAUAUGUUUGAAUUAGAUGGCUUCCAUGCUUGUCCUUGGUAUAAAUUUUGAAUUACUAGUAAUUACAAUUAGACCUUUUUAAUGUAUUUUUCCUACCCUAUUCUUUAGGCAUGUUUCCACAGUCUAUGAGCUUAGAGGUUUCCCAUUUCAGUUGUUAAGCUAAUGAUGGGUUAAUUAUGAGAUUCCACAUGAGGAUGAAAAACUAGCCCUGGUAGCUGCUUUGAUGGGAGAUGGGGGCUUAUCUUACAUCCUUUAGGUUUUGCACUGAAAAAUGGAAUGGCAGUCGGCAGACAAGGAUUGCUGGAGGAGAUUUCCAUGUAUCAUGCAAAUGUUGCUGCUUUUCAAUAAUUCAUUUUGGAGAAGUUCUUGCAACUGUGAAUAUUAAACACUAUCACGAUUUUCAUCUCCGGCUUAUUUUGGCUUGUCCAGCUGGUCAAAGUGGAUAUCCCUUUAGCCCAUAGAUGCACAGUUCAAGGUGCAGACACCCCAAUCAACUUGUACAUGCACAGCUCAAUCUUUUUUA